UCCCUGCCUACCUCACGGCACUCAUUAGGGAGGAAUGGAUAUGUCCCUUUUCUCUCCUUUUGGCAACUUUUUCCAUCUGCUUGUUGGUCUGUGCAUCCGCUCUCUUCAUUUAAUCUCAUUAUUUAUAGCAUACAUGUCUCAGCAAUACAUUUCCAUGUAUAAAAUGCAUGGUGUUAUACGAUAGGUUAGUAAUGCUUUCUUGCUGUCCUGACGUGACAUUGCGGGUAUGUCGGACAAUGCAUUGAAUGAUGCCAUUCCUAAUGAAAUUAGGAGAGUUCUGGGUGGGGACCCUGGCUCUCAAUUUGUAUAGUUGGCCAGAAUUUAAAUAGGACCAGGGAGAGGCAAUAAAUUGAGGAAACUGACAAAUGACCACUUGACUACAAUACAGAUGACGGCUAGUAACUUUCUGAGAGAAAGUGAGAAAUAGCUUAGAGGAAGGGGAGGGUUGAGUUGGAUGGAAGGAGACAAGAUAAAUUAAAUGAGACACGUUGCCCAUUACCAUCUGAGGAGUUGGAAGAAAAGAAAGACUGAAAGUAUUAGGUAGGGACAUCAACAAAAACAGAAGACGAGUUUCUUAUUUUCAACUUCUAUGACUUCUAAGAUGUCUCACCCACAACUGUUCCUUCUUCUCCUGUGCUGUCUUCCUUUGGCAGCACCUCUGUGCUGUUACACUUGUGUGUUUCCUGCCAUCUCCCCAAUGGACUGCCUGAAGUUUCCUCAGGAGUGUCCGUCUGGACAGCGCUGCCUAGCCAGCACUGCAGUGGGGAAGCUAGGUUCCCUGCAUCUGGUCCUGUAUGAGAAGAGCUGUGCCAUUCCUUCCCAAUGUGGUUUGUCUGGGGAGAAACAUGCUGCGGGCCUGAACUUCACCUACCAGAAUGAGUGCUGUGACACAGACCUUUGCAAUGGGGCUAUAGCACGCGCUGCCCCCAUCUGGAGAGGAGGUGCAAUGUGCAUCCUGCUUAUUUUCACUUUCACAUUGGGCUGAUAUUCAGAUUUCAUUCAUUUUAAAUGUAAAUUCCUUAUCAUGCAGUGACAAAGAAAGCUCAACAUGACAUGGUGUGAAUCCCACUAACCAAAACAUUUUAUUAUUUAAAGUGUGAACUAUUAUGGGUGCCUGGUUUACAUUUACAAAACACAAUACAUACACUCAUACAGACACACACAGCACCAAGGAAACACCCAAGAUGCAAAGGAGAAGUCAAGUUGGCCUGAGGGAAGAAAUGAGUCAUGUGUCUGUUGAGACAUGUCACACUGUUUUAAGGGCAAUAAAACCAGUGAGAAAAACACAUCGAUCCAAUCCAUAACACAUUUAUUCAAAAAAAACUUUCAUUAAAACAUAACCAUGGCUUUUUUAAUAUUUUGACCUUUCUAUGGUGCUAAAAUAAUCAUAUUUAAAGUACUGGCCACAGUUAAUGAACAAAUUAAACAAUAACAAAUUGUGUUUGAGUCUUCUUUAAUGGAAUUAACAAAUAAAAUACAUUUUCGUCACAUACUAUGUUUGGUUUCUGAAUUUUGUCGAUUCAAUGUCCUUAACCAUGUCUAGAUUAAAUGCAACUACGUCCGACUAAAAUGGAAGGUGAACUAAAGGGCAAAAAUUUGUGGAGAAAAAAAAUACACCAAAUAAAAUCAAUCAAACAAAUUAAAA